AGAACCAAGCAGACGUCGCGCAACUAUGUCGUCGAAGAAGGAUAUGCGGAGGCCAGACCUCAUAAUUCCCUAUCAAUUGCCUGCUGCGAAAGACUCUCCGAGCGACAUUAGUGGCACGUUGGGAAGCACAUUACCCAUGGCUGCCAUGUUCACGCGAAAUAAGUUUAUUGGCUGGGCAUCCGUAGUACUGUCGAUUCAAAACUGGCUGGGCGAGAGCGCAGAAGCAAAGAAGAGCUCAUCGCAGCCAGCUUACUUCUCUGUUGGAAUGGCCUUUAUGGCCCUUGUAGUGACUUAUCUGCCGAUGUUCUUACCACCACCAGCCGUUCCAGGCCAAGGAACGGGGACCGAAGCAGCAGCAGCAGCGCCUCGUUCUUGAGAAGGGUUCCUUUGUAUGAUAUGGCGAGGGGACAUGCGAGGGGACAUAAAACAAUCGAUGGGAGCAAAAGCAGAAUGGUGUGUAAAUGUUGCGAGAUAGGAUGACGGAGGGCCAGGAGCUGGCGCUGCGGUCUACCUUACAGGGGAUGGCUUAGGAGUUUGUUGAGGAGCAACACUGCAACAUUGCUGGGCACCUCAUAUUUGCUCCAAUGUCGAAUAAGUCUUCUGUUCGAAUCAGUUGUCUUCACGCUUAGGCAAAAUGAUAUUGUUGGUCGAUGAGGCAUUUGUUUGAACGAGAUUGAGCAAAUGAGAGCACUGUGCUGUGAGGCCUUCUCUGUUUUCUCUGAGGGCCCCUCCUCCCCCAGAGAAAGGACCUCCGAGUCACCGAAGGGGACCGGAUCCUGUAGGACACGUGAGGCUGUGAUGAGGCCCCUGGUGAGUCAAAAUGUGAACCAAAGC